CUUCCGGGAGUGGGGCAGCUGCGAAACCCUUAAGGGUGGGCCAACACGGCAGAGGGUGGCCUCGGGAACGCCGAGUUCCGGAUUUGAGCUUAAGGAGGAGUGAUUCCGGGACGGUUUCGAAGUAGUUACGGUACGGAUUUGAUCGGAAAGUGGCUCGGAUUUGGGGACUCGCGGGAGGUCCGGGGAAUCGGGCGGUCGGUACGACCUUCGGGAAGGUGUGUCCGGUGAUUCCAAGUUGGAACCAGCCAAAUUAGCAGUGGAGGGGAAGGUUGGUGGGCCAAUCGUGAGUGAGAAGGAGGGGAAAGGAAAAAAAAAGUAGUGAAAUUUCUCAGAGGAAAUACAAAAAAAGGCAGCAGCAUAAAUGAGCAGCACGACGUGCUUCAAGUGUGACAGCAUGAACGACGCUGACGAAAUCAUAACGCGCGGGGUCAGCGUCGGCGAGAGUCCCACCAAGAGUGACAUCCGGAACGGGGGGCACCACCCGGAGGACGGGGUCAGCAUCCGGCGGCGCAGCACCAGCAACAGCUCGGUCAACAGGAGAACCGCCGGCCACGGCAGCCGGGAACCGUCUGCCAACUCCAACUCCGCACCGGCCAACCACCACAACUCCCACAACUCGGCCGAGCGGUCCCACGCGAAAGUUUGCGUCGGCACGAGGUGUAAUAUUUCCAACCUGGUCCAGCACCGGUCCGAGGCGCACCAGCACACGUCGGAGCGGACGCUGCGGGCCAUCGGGCGGGUCGGGCAGGCGGUGAACCUGGCCGUGGAGCGGUUCGUGACGGUGGGCGAGACAAUCGCAGAUGACAAUCCAGAAAUCAAGCAGGACAUGUACGAUGCCUGCAAGGAGGCACGAGCAGCUGGCUCAUCGAUAGAGCGUUUAUGUGAUAUUGCGGCAACGGAUCCGGUGGUCGGGUACGCGCCCCGGCCCAAUCCGAUUGACGACAGGGGACCGAUGAUACGGGCCGCCCGGACCCUGCUGAGCUCGGUGACGCGGGUGCUCCUGCUGGCCGAUAUCGUGGUCGUUAAACAGUUAUUAUUAGCCAAAGACAGGGUAGCUAGAACUUUAGGUAGAUUAGAAUCAGUGGCCAAUUUUACAGAAUUCGUGAAAGCCUUCUCAGUAUUCGGCGCUGAGAUGGUGGAGUUAGCGCAUGUGACAGGAAAUCGACAAAAUGAUCUGAAAGAUGAACGACGAAGGGCGCAGAUGUCGUCCGCCCGCCAAGUUCUGGAACGUUCCACGAUGAUGCUGCUGACGUCGUCCAAGACGUGCAUGCGGCACCCGGAGUGUGCCCACUCCAAAGAGAACCGGGACACCGUCUUCUGCCAGAUGCGGCGCGCGAUGGACCUCAUCCACUACGUCGUCAAGGACGGCAUCCUCGAGACGGCCUCCGAGCGGAACGCCCUGCGACAGGUCCCCGAGUGGGACUCGGAGCGGGCGACGGCCUUCACCUGCCUGCGGCACUUUUCGCGCCUCAUCGAGAUGUCCCGGCCGGAGUACGUGGAGGCACGGCGCAGUAAACAGCAAGGUGGGGGCGGCGGAGGUAACGGUGGCCCCGGUGUGGGGCCCUCGAGCGGGGUAGGACCACCCGGCGGCGUGGGGAAGGACACGUGCAUCUCACCGACCGGGCUCCGCGACAAGGAAACGGACAUCGAGUACGACCGAGCGCGGCGCGAGCUGACGAGGCGGAACAGCGAACGCGACCGGGACCGAAAUUCCAUUGGCCAUUCCAGAGAGUAUAGUACUAGGGAACGGGAGUUCCCCAAAUAUGACAAUAAAGCUGAUUUAGGGAUCUCAAUAUUCUCGUCGGACACCCGGGAGCAGCUGUUGGCGGCGCUGGACAAGGUGUGCGAGAAGACUCAGGACUUUACGGACUCGGCGUACACGAGCCACGACCACCGGGAGAACAUCCUGCUGCUGUGCGACCGGGCCAAGCUGGAGCUGAACCAGCUGAUGCGGAUCGCGGUCAGCAUGGAGCAGUAUCCGAACGCGUCGUACGACGUGGAGGGUGCGAUCGAGGCAGUACUGACGGCGGCCCACGACCUCACGACGCAGCUCACGAUGUCGGCCCAGGAGCAGUCAGCGGAGCUGACCCACAUCAUCAAGUCCGGCAUCGACAUUGCCAACUCGCUCAGGAACAUUGCCUUAAACCAGGAGAUCGAUCGAUUGCAGGAGUGUGCCGACCGGUUUCACGAGCACAUCGAUCACGUGCUGGAGGUUUGCAAGCUGCUGCGGCAGAUCGCGCUGACGGAGACGCUCCAGGUGCAGGCCAAGUUCACCGAGAUCAACGUCCGGAUCUACGGGCCGCAGGUCAUCACGGCGGCCCGCGCCCUCACGUCCCACCCGCAGAGCAAGAUCGCCAAGGAGAACCUGGAGGUGUUUGUCGACAUGUGGCAGUGGCUGUCGACGGACGUCACCACCAUCACCAAGGAGGUCAUCGACCUGGCCCAGGCGACGACGAAGGCCGACAAAACCACCGAGUAUCUAAGUCUUCCGAGACCGGGGAAACAUGGAACCACAUCGAAACCCCUGAAGCCAACGCGCCUCGACUCGGAGGAGCAGGAAAAGAUUGCCAAAACCGGACUCGAGAUGAAGAUGGUGACGAACGAGAUGGACGCCGAGACGGACAAGUGGAACGGGGCGUCCGAGGAGAACAACGACAUCGUCAAAAGGGCGAAAAACAUGUCCGCGAUGGCGUUCUCGAUGUACCAGUUCACCAAGGGCGAGGGCACCCUCCGCACCACCCAGGACCUGUUCACCCAGGCGGAGUACUUUGCCGAGGAGGCGAACCGCCUGUACAAAGUGGUCCGGCAGUUCUCGUACCAGGUGCCGGCCGGUGCCCCCAAGAAGGAACUUCUCGAGCAUCUGGACAAAGUGCCAACGUACGUGCAGACGCUGCAGUUCACCGUGAAGGAUCCGACCGUCGGGAAGGCGGCCACUUUCGUCAAGGUGGACCACGUCAUCAACGAAACCAAGAACCUGAUGAAUGUGAUAUCGAAGGUGGUGUCCACGUGCUUCGAGUGUGCGAGCAAGAUCUUCGAACUCACGGGGAUGCCCUUCGACAACCGGCUGAUCAGCGUCCCCACCGUGGUGAGCCCCCUCGAGCCCACGCUGAGCAGAAAGUCGUCCAAAGAUAAGUAUAAGCUAGACUUUAGCGGGCUGGCAGGACGAGCGGCCAGCGGCGGAGCACGGGACGAGGACGGAAGUUCGGGCCUGCAGGAGGGCAAGGGCACCACGAGUAGCACCGAGGCGAGCAUGUGACAGUACGGGAUGGCCCGCCGGGGCGUUAAAGGUGACGCCCGGCGGACCAGAGUGUCCUUCCUCCUAUUUUAGAAUAAGCAUUAAACAUUGCAUAUGACCGUAUUUAUCGAAUUUAUAUUCCAAGUUGUGUAUGUUUGAUGAUUCUCGUGUAGCGCCAGAAAUUAAACAAGAAAACUAAGAAAAAAUACAAAAGAACCAGAACCAAAACAACAACAACUAUUUGUAAAAGAAGAAGACCCCGAAGACAAAACCAGAACAAACCAAGUUCGAGUCUCUUUCAGAAACGAUACCAACAACCUUCUCUCCCACCCAUGGAGCAGAAUGACAACAACAACAACAACAAAACCAGUACAAUUCUAGAGCGACCAUCAAACCAACCGCAUACACAAAAGCCACAUACAAGACACACACACAUGAAGCAGUACCAAGUUCCACAUUACGGAGAAAACGUGUUUGUUAAACUAUGUGUAAUAUGAAAUCAUAAAUAUUGAAAUAUGAAUGUUUAGUGAUCCCGGAGAAAACAACAAAAAAAAAACAACCCUUGUAUCCCCCCAGAACCCCCAGCCCUUAAAAAAAGAACAAACUUAAAAUUUUGAGGAGAACCCCUGCGCUAGAAAAACAAAAAAAACGGCAUCUAAAAUUUCCGUCUCUCCUUCGAUAGGCACUCUAGACAAACAAACAAGCGUAAACAAAAGAAAAUUCUGCUUCACUCACACUAACACGCGCUUUCUCUCUCUCUCUUUCUCUCUCUUUGAAAAUCUCCUAGCAUGCUUUCUCUUUGACACUACACGCAGACACACAAGCAAACAAAGGCCUACUUAAAACUCUAGCUAAAAUUACAACAGCAGUAACAGUCGUAGAAAUAGGCACUCUUUUCUCGAACACACCCACGCGUACACACAAACACUUUCACACACUGACACACACACGCAAAACGAACAAACAAACAAUAACACUAUUUGCAAUCGCUCUAAAACUUACUACUUUUUCAGCCUGCUCUUCUUCACGCACGCACGCACACAAGCAUGCAACAUCAACGCAAAGCUCUCUCACUUUGAUCUGAGAGAACUGUGGUACCGCUACACAGAGACAAAGCUGUUUGUGUUGACGGUAUAAAAAAUGUUUUUUUUUUAAUAUCAAUUGAACGAUGAUGAAUAUCAAAAAAUAUCACUUGAAAAAGGGAAAGUAAAAUCACAUAAAAAUAUUGGAAAAAAAUUAAACAUUUAAUCUUAAAAAGACUUAAGAAAAAAUACUUAAAGACAUGAAUAUUCUAAGAGCGAAAAUCGGAGUUGACAUCAUUUCAAAAUAAGACCAAUCAAAAAAAAAAAAUACAAAAAAUAAAACACAUGCUCAAUUUCAAGGAAAGAAUCAACUUUGCGAUCUACAAAAAUACGUGCUCUUUGAAAUUUUAUGUAAAAAAAUUGUAAUGUUGUAUAAUGCAUUUCAUGGAAAAAAAACAUGAAAAAGUUCAAAAAAGGAAAGCAUUUAAAUAUUAUUUUCUGAGAAGAAUAUAUUAUCAUUUCAUUUUAAUUUUGAUUUUGGUUUUUAAAAAAACUGGAAACUUGAACUAAAUAUUUUUUAAUUUAUAUAAAAAAACAUUGAAAAUUUUUUAAUAAAUUUAAGAAACACAUAAAAACACUAUUAAAUUUGAUUUUUUUUAAGUUUUUUUCAGUAUAUUUAAAAUAAUUUUGUAAUCUUUGAAAAUUUACACGCAAAAUCGGAAAAAUAAAAACUUUCACAAACUUGAUGAGAUUCAAAUCAAAUUAUGUUUGCAUUAAUAAAAAAAAAUCAAAAUUUACAUUGAUUUUCGCUAAGGAAGGGAAUGGCAAGGCUGUUGCAAAUAUUUUUCAAAGUUUUUGUCAGCAAAAUCAGAGAGAAAAAUUAAAAAAAAAACUUCAAAAUGUCUAUGUAAUUUUAUGUGCAAUCAGCUGAAACAAUUUAUUAUGCGUUCCCCUGCGUUUAUUAUAAUUUUUGUUGAAUGUUUGAUUCAAUUUAAAAAAUGAAUUUUAGUGAAUUUUCAAUGUACAGUGCUGCAUAAAGUUUUUUUUCCGCAAAAAAAAACUACUUUUUUAUCAGAACUAUUUUUUUUUGUAAGCCAAUGAUUGCAAACCGACUGUACUGCUUUAUUGUACUUUUUCCAUUCCUUUUUACAUUGAAAUGUUGAAAUUCUGGCUUGAUGUUUCAAUAUUCAUAUUUUUUUAAUAAUCCCCCACUCCCUUGACUAAAUUUUUGAAAAAUAUUUACAUCGGCCUAAAGCAAAAAUACACAUUUCUUUAAUUGUUUAAAAAAAAACAAAAUAAAUAUUUCAUAAAUAUUUUGAAUCAAAAUUAAAAAUCAAAUUGUGUUGCAACUUUGGUGAAAUUCAAUUUUAUUUUAGCAAAUGGAAACGUUUUUCAGAUUAUAUAAAAUAAAAUAAAAUUAACACAAAAAAACAAAAAUGGUCAUUAUUUAUUCAAAAUAUUUAAAAUAAUAUAAGAACCAAAAAUUGCAUAAAAAUUUAAACAAAAAAAUUGGAAAAAAAGAAAAUUAAAAGGCAAAGAUUCAUUAAAAUCAAAAUUUGAACCUGAGAAAAAAUAUGAAAAUUUCAAUUUGAAUGAAACAGCAAGCUUACACAAAAACAAAAUGAAAUAUUAAUUGAAUGUUUAAAAGAAAGCUUAGUGGAAUUUUGGAUAAAUAAUUACAGAAAAAAAUAAUAAUGAUGGUGAAAUUCGAAUAAAAUACCAAACACAUUAAUUUAAAAUUCUACAUAAAACUAUUAACAAAAAAACAAAUGAAAAGAUAAGAAGAUAUCUUAUGAAUAAUUUUGCAAAUUUGAUGAAAAACGUUAUCAGAUUUAAAAACUUUUUUUUGUUUUAAAUGUCUCACGACUUUAAAAACCUAAAACUUGACAAAAAUUCAUGAUUUUUUUUAGUAAUAUAAUAACCAAUUUAAUGAGAAAUAAAAAUCAAUUGUUUAAAUAUUAUUUUAAAGAAAUUCAAAAUUUUAAUUGAAAAAUUCACUGUCAAUCAAGGUUUUUAAUUUCAAAAUUAAAACUAAAAAAUUUAAAAAAUACAUUUCAAAUUAUAAUAAAUAAAUUAUAAAUAUAAAUUAUUAUAAAUAAAUCGGAAAACCAUAUAACGAUUAGACUUUAUUAUUAACCUAACAAUAUGGGAAAUAUAUUUACAAAAAAAAAAACCAAAUGAAAGGGACAUUUUUUAAACAGAAAGAAAAUAGGUUUUUUUUCCAUAAACUUAUUAAAUUCAAUGUUUGUUGUUAUUUAAAAAAAUGAAACGGUAAAACAAUGUUAAAAUAAAUUAAAUUAUCCUGAUAAUUCAUUAAGACUAUGAAUUUAAUUAAUACUAGAAUGAUAUUGAUCAGAAAUUAAACAUUGUUAUUAUACAGAAAACGGAAUUUCUAUCUUAACAAUAACCAGCAUUUGAACAAGAAACAAUUCAGUUCAGAAAAAAUACGAAACACUUCUAGUAAAUUUUAAUCAUAUUCAGACAACAAUGUUGAAAUUGUAAUAAGAAAUGAUUUGCUUUAGUAUUUAAUUUUAUUUAAAAGAACUUCCUAAUUUCUGAUAGAAAAUUACUCCUCAUAAAUGUUUUAAUACUUUUAUUCUUGCCACACUUCUUUUUCAAUUAAAUUUGACAAUAUUUUUUAGGGAUGGGGAUUUUUAAUUUUUUGAGGAUUUUGUACUUAAUUUCUUAAACAAAAUCAAUUAAUCGCUAUUCUUUCAGUCAACACCAACCGCCUUGUCUGUAGCCGGUACCACAUGAAGAGACAUCUACUUGUCGUCAACACUUCCAUUUUUUCGCCGGGAGAUCCACCCCCACCACGUGCCACGCCAGCUCAGCGCCAUUCCACCUUCUGACCCCCUUUCCGCUGUGGAUGAUCCUUUUCCUCUUUAGCUAGCUUAAAAUUGUUAAAAAAGAAUCCUCAAAUGCUUGGAACGAGGCAAAAUCAGUCUUUUCUGUUUUUGUCACAUUCCAAGUCAAUACUCUUAAAAAAAACUCUUGCACUAAUGCACUAUGCACAGAAAAAAUGCCCGCCCUUAAAAUAAAUACUUCGCCAACUUUCUCGUUGCAUCUCCUCAAAAAUUCCCCCUCCAAUUUCCAAAUCCCGAUCCAACAUCCCUAACCCCAAAAAAAACUCUCUUCCAACAUCCACAGCGGACGCUUUGAUGAGGGGUUCGAGGGCGUUGGUCAACUUCCCCUUAACAUUAAGGGGAAAUUUCCCACCGAAAGCCUCCUCGAACGCAUCAAAGUUGAACAAAGACAAAUAAAAACUCUCUUUUAAGCUAACAAUCGUGGUGGCUCCCAAUUUUCGAAACAAAAACAAAAGUAACUCUAACCAACUUUACGAAAAAACUCCAACUCUUAUGGGCAGAGAAAAUGAAGCGACUUGUGCAGGAUUUGAACCCGGGACGUCGAGCGUGCGUAAAGCACGCACGCCUCAAGCAAUCGAAGAAGGACUCUUUAAACCGAAUAAAAAAAAAUCUGUAAAAAGUAAUCUUAAAAAAUCCUUUAAUUUCUGGUUAGUUUUUGAAGGAAUCCUCUCACAAGCUCUCCCGUUUCUGUGUCUAAAUUGAUGUGUACCUGUACCCCCGUAGGAUUUGUUCUAGUUUAGUUUUAGUCUCUCGAAUGUCAAAAAAACCAAAAAUCCAAUCAACUGAAAAGGAAAUAUAUCAACUAACUUUAACAAAAAAAAAAUACUCGAAUUAGUUGCCCCGUCUUAAGUUUAAGUAGUUGUUUCGGUUCUAGUUUAAGUCUAUUAUGGAGAAGGGAGAAAAGAAGAAACAUACGUUAGAUUCCAUUUAAAGUAAACAUGAUAAUAUAUACUGAGAAGAUGAAAAAUCAGCAAAAAAAGGUUAGUAACUUAACCUAAGUUGAAGUAGCGUGUAAGAAUGAGUAGUUGGAGGACGAAUCAAUCAAUCGGCAUCGAAUUUUUUGUGUCGGUUAGCGUUAAGAAGGAGCAUGGUGAAGAUGUGAGGAAAAAAUAAAGUUUCGGUUUUUAAGGUUAUAGUUGUACAAUUUUUCUAGCGAUAUUCGAGCAAAGUUACGAGGAAAAAAAAUUAGAAUUAAUCGUUGAUUUACUUUUGUAUUCCGCGGGAAUGUGAGCAACUACUCAGUUGAACGUUAUUUCGAGCAAGUUGGAGAAAAAUAUGAGAUUAAAGAAGAAAUAAAAUGACAACUGUUGAGCAAAACUAAAACGAUGAUGAUAAAUGAGAAACUUUAUUUUCCUUUCAAUUGAAAUUAGCUUUAAAAAACUGGAAGCCUCUAGUUGACUUCGUGUGUGUUUUCGGAUCUCUGUCGUAAAUCCUGAUAAAAGGGUAGAUUUGCUGGGUAGAAAAAAGGACAGUUGAACCUUUAGUUUCAAAACAAAGUCAUUAUUCUAAUUUUAAUUUAACUAACUGAGUAUACUUUUGGAUUCGACCUUCACCGAUUUGGACCACACUUAGAGGGAACUUUCAUCUAGCCAACUGAAAUGCCAAGUUUGGUGAUGAUUGGAUUAUCCUUGCCUUUGACGAUUUUCUAGCAAACUUUUUUUUUCUUUUGCUUGUUACUUUACAUCACUUUUUCAAACAUUUUUUUUUGGUUGCAUUUUAUGAUUAUUGUCUAAGGAAUUCGAUAAAAAUAAAAAAAAACCCUCAAAUGCCACCUUAUAUUUUUUUUUCAUUUUUACUAUUUUUCUAUUAUAUCACCACGUGUUUCCUGGACAAUUUUACAUACAAAUCGUUGAAAUCUUCAUAAGAACCAAACCGAGAAACAGGCCUCCAAACACAAGAUCCUCUGUAAUUGCUCUUAGCUUUAAGUAAAAUGUAAUUAAAAAAGCUGACUCGGUCCUAACCAGGUCCCAAUACCGAAAAGGACCUGAUAAAAAUAAUUUUAUUAAAAAAAAAACAGUGCUCCAAAGAUUAACAAAAUUGGUUUCCUGUUCAAAACUAAGCACGUGGUCUACGCUGGCAUUCCUAGCCUACUUCCAGGGGUUAGCAAUUCAAUGCACUGUGCUAACCCAGGAAGGUGCUGUGUCCUAUUCCUCGUUUAGACCAGACCAAAAUCCAUGAUAAAGCUGUCAGACCAAAUCUGUCAGACCAAGACUGUCAGAUCAAAGAGCAAAAAGUAAACAAUCUUGGUCUUCGACGUAGGUGCACACAAAUCAAGAAAAUAAAAUUUGAAAAAGAAUUUUAUUUUUCCAAUUCAAUGACUGGUUUUGUACUGUAAAAUUUAAUGUACGCCAGAAAAUGAUUAAACAGUGCGGCGUCCUGUACAUCGACAAUGAAAUAAAGCAGUUAAAAGCCUUAUUCUUCCACAUUAAUUUUUGAUCGCGUUUUCGGUUUCCACCUGAACAAUCUUGAAAUUAUUUAUACGGAUUUGUGAUUCCUCUCUUUCCAUCAUUCCCUUGUGCUAACCCCAACAAAAAUAAAAAACAAUAAAUUCUGACCUACUGCGACCGGUUCCAGGUGCCCCGAGGAAAGAUUUAUGUUUAAUGGAUUUUUUUUUAAAAUUAUUUUAAAAUUUUGAAUAACUUUUUUUGGUGAAACUUGUAUUUUAAGAUAAAUAAGAAAUGAUAAUUGAAUAAGCUGCAACAGGCCAGUUAUAUUUAAUGCCCCAAUCAGGUGUUAAUCAUGAGUAUAAAUGUUCAUUUUGUAAAAUAUAUUUUCAAAAUUUGCAAUAUGUGAUCAAACCACGCAAAAAUACUUUAUUACAUUUCACGAUACCAGAGUUUUUAGUGGAAAAUACGCAUAUGUUUUCACUACAUAACUUUUAAGGGUAAAACUAACCAAUUAACAAUAUUUUUCUAAUUCACGCAAACUUUUGCAAAGAGUUUUUUAAUGUAAAUAACUAAAAUUUUCUCAAAAAAACCUUUUUAAAUACUUUUUUCUAAUUUAUCAUUUGUGUAUCAAACGACACUAGUUCUUGUAUAGAACUAUGGUAAAUGUUUAACAAAAUACUGUAUUUUCUGAACAUAUUCAAAUUUUUUAUAAUUUGCGAUACGUGAAUCAAACGACUUAGAAUAUUCUAUAACAUUUUGUGGUAUUAGACUUUAUAGCAAAAAAUAAACAAAUUUACUCAUAAAUGCCUUGUGUUUUGUUUUUUUUUAACUUUUUAUAAUUUGCAACAUUUUCACUGCAUAAGUUUUAAAUAUAAAAUAUAUUUUUUUAAGCUAAAUCCCGUAUUUUUAUUUCAAAACAUUCAAAUAUUUCCAGUGUGCAAUAUAUUUACCAAAUAACGCAAAGUUUAGCAAGUAUUUUCAUAACAUAAGAGUUUUUUAAGUGAAAUACUAAAAUUAUCACAAACCCCUUACAAGAUUUUUUUUUUCUAAUUCAACAUAUGAGUAUCAAAAGAGUUCUUGUAUAAAAGUUCAGUAAAUAAUAGUUUUUAGUGUAAAAUACCAAAUUUUUAACAAAAUACUGUAAGUUUUGUAAUUAUUCAAAUAUUAAUAAAAUGUACAUCAUUUUGCCAUAUUAGAAAUCAGAGAAAUUUUUUUUUUCACAGAAUCCCUUGUUUGAAAACACAUUUUUUUAUUUGCAACAUGAAAUCAAACGAUUUAAGAAUUGUAUGUAGGUAUUUGAACCCCCGUUUUGGCAGGAUUUGGCCAUGGCCAUAGUAUGUAAAAAUUGUUCAGAUUUCUACUACAUAAGAUUUUGAAAUUUGAAAUACUAAAAUUUUACCAUAUUCUCAUAUUAUUAAAAAAAAAUUUCUAUAUUGCAAUAAGUUUAUCGAAAACACAAAUUUGGAAUGAUUUUCACUGUAUUAGAGUUUUUAGUGUAAAAUAAUCCGAUUUUCAACAAAUUCCCGUAUUUUUUGAAAAUGCGUUUUGGUAAUUUGCAUUAUCACUGCAUCAAACUUUUAGUUUCAAAUACAAAAUUAUCACCGUAUUUUUGAGAUAAAUCAGUUGUUUUUAUACUGAAAUCAUUGAAUAAAUGCAUAUGCUCGUCAAUAUAGCCUAUUCUUUUUGCAUAAAUACUAUGGAAAAAGUUAGAUUUUGUUUUUGUUUUAAAACAAUCAGCAGUAUUAUUGUUAAUUAUUUUUUAAAACAAAAUAAAUUGAAUUUUUUAUUUAAAUUUAUAAUGGAAAAAAAUGCCUGAAAAGUCUCAAAUACUAAACAAAACUUAGGUAUGCAAUGAAGGCAACGAACAAUGAUGUUUUAAAAUUUGUUUCAUGUUUUCCCAAUGUUUUGCAUGCAAUUGCUUAGCUGUUUGUUUAUUUUAAUCCAGCGGUAAAUGGAAAUUAAAAAGUUGCAUUAAAAAUAUAAACAAGCAGAUAUGCUAGAUCUAGAUUUCCCAGGAUGGUUUUCUCAGCAUAAUAUAAUAUAUUGGUUUAUGAUCAGUUAAACUUUAUUAUCGAAUUCAAUUAUUUUUAAUUCACACUUUACUGAAAUUAGUAAAUUUAUUUUGAAAAGUCAUCAUUUAAAACAAAAGAACCUUUCAACAAAAACUAUAAACCAUCUUUAGUAAACCAAGUUUUUUUUUUAAUUUGUGUUUUAUAAAUAACCAUUCAUAAUUUUUUUUAUUUCAAUGAAUAAAUCAACUAAUUAAUUAAAGUUCAAGUAUUAAAAAAUAUAUAUAUCUCGUAAAGUCAUGACUACACCAACUAAGCCAUGGCUGGAAAAUGUAAUUUUAAAUUUAUAAUGUUUUGAAUCAGGACAGAAUUUUAAUUUCAACUGAGAAAUAUCUCAACUACAAAUAAUAAAUUGACAAAAGACUUGAGCAUAAAUCGAAAAAAAAGAGUUAUUCGUUAAAAACUGAAAAAAUCACUAUUUUCUACUCAGCAAUCUGCCCAAGUUCCCAUUUUCAAACGUCUCUCCCCGAAUUCAAUAAUCUCAAUGUUUAGACGUAUUUCUUUCGCAAAUCUCUUCUCGAAACCGGAAAUGGUGUUCCUUCGGCAAACACACACACAUUCAUUCCACAGUGUUAUGGGAAGAAGUACACACAAGGUAACGUUAAUAAAGUAACCACGAGAACAAACAAAAUCAAGUGUUGUGAACUUAUAAUAAAAAGAAAAUUGUGAAAAAAAUGUACUUUUUUACAUAAACAGUAAAGAAACAUACUUAACAGAGAUUGAGAAGAAGAAGUGAAUCAGAAAAGCAGACCAGACAAGGAUAGCGUUAGAUGAAAAGAAACAGAGCUCUAGCAUCAGAACCAGAUUUUUCCUAUAGAAUUUAUCUCGUGAGAAUUAUGAUAUAAAAAAUAAAUCAACUUACAUUUAAAGCUACAUCCAAGCUAAUAAGAGUAACUAUAAUGAGAGAACAAACAACAAAAAAUCCAAAGUAAACCAAAACAGCAAAAACAAAAAUGUGAAAGAACAAUGUGAGACCGUAGUUUAUAGAGGUGGAGCCUAAAACUGAGCAGCAAACAAAGAAGUCGCGAGAGAGUGUUUCUGUCGUCGUCGUCGUUUGGUGUGUGCGUUAGGUAGAAUAGAGAAGGACCGGAAGAUAAACACUCACUAACUCACGCAAACAAAUCAUACAAACAAAAAACCGCAACCCAAUACAAUAAUACAAUCGCUGCACACACUUAUUUACCUUCCCCCUUGAAAAUCGAGAGCUAUAAAAAUGAAAAAGUUUAAAUAAGAAGGUGAAAAAAGUAUUUAUGAAUAUAUUUUCCAAAGAAGUAUGAGUUAAAACAUUUCUCGCACUACCAAUAAAAAAAAAGCUAAAUUUAUCAUGAUAGGGUCGGCGAACGGAAUAAAUUUAAAACGAAACAUGAUACCCACCAAAAUGCAAGAAUAAAUGAAGAAAAUUUUGUUAGUUGGACGAGAAAAGUUUAAAAUAAAUUAAUGGUACAGGUAGAUAAAAAGAGCAAAUCGUUGAGACUAUUAGAUGUGGAUGUGCUAUUUAGCGUUUAUUAUACCGAAGAAGAAGAAAAAAGAAAGUAAAAAGUUGAAGUAAAGAAAACCCAAAUAUAAUAAGCAGACGCAAAUAAAGCCAGCAAAAGUAGCUGAAUAGAGUGAAACAAAGGCGAUGUUCAACAUGGUAUAUGACUUUCAUAAAGUUUGAAUGUAACGAAGAUAUAUUUUUUAUCACUAAAGUAAAGAUCAAGGUAGUAGUGAAGUGGGGAGAAGGUAAGGAAUGAGGAGCCAGCAUCAGGCGCGAUUUAUCAGAGUUGUUCAAAUGUGUUUGCUUUAGGUUGGAAACGAAGAACACAUUAUUGGCUAAUGGCUUUAAACAUUAGGAUACUUUUGGUGAAGUUGAUCGAGAUAGUACAUGAAGCAAGGAGCGUGAAAAUUGAUUUGACGUUUAGUGAACGUCGAUUUUAUUCAAUUUCAAUUUAAGACUGUUUGCUGAACUUGUCGUUGAAGCUUGUUUCACGUGAAAUAGAUUUUGUUUGUUUUUUUUUAAGGUUGUUAUCUUUUUUAAAUGAUUUUUGGUAGUUUUAUUGGUAUUUUAUGCAAUAUUUUUUACAAGGUUUUUUUUAGAAUCAUUUGUGAACAAAUAAUCAUUGGAAUUUUCGAAUUUUUAAUACAUAUUGGAAGCAAAAGACAUUUUAUUGGGGUCAAUAAUCAAAGUAUAAUUAAUGCAAUAAAAAUGAAAAAAGGGUUAUUACAAUAAUAAGCAAAAACUAGAUGCUGAAAUAAAAAAAAAACGUGCAAUCCAAAAAUUAAAAAAAGACUUUUGACAAAAAAAAAUGAUUUUUUAUUUAAUAAGCAAGAUGUUGGAAGGAUUUUAAAUGAUUGAUGCAACUGAUUGCUUAACUUUUUUUUAGAAAUAGAGGUUAUGCAUCUAACAAGCUUUCAAAGAAUUAAUAAUAAAUGAAUAAGAAUAAUAACAAGAAACAACUUUUAGAGAGCAAACCCUUAAUUGACUUUUCACAGUUUUACUAUAACAAUUUUGAAACAAAAGGUAUCGUAACCUUACUCUUAUUUUCUUUAAUCGGUAAUCUUUAUUUAAAUAUAAAAAAACGAUGAUAUUUACUCGAAUUGCGUUUAUUUUAAUAUUUUUUAAUUAAAUUUUUGGGGUACAUUCUAUAUAAAAAUCCAAUUUGAAGGGCUACUAAAUUUAAAAAUUAAUCGUUUCAGGCUUUUUUUUUCAUGGAGUUUGGUUUUGUAUAGACCAAAAUAAUUGAUUAAAAACUAGAAUGUUUUAUUAAUUAAAUCUUUGGAUUUUUUUAAUUUUAUAUUUGUCAGACAUUUGAGUGAUUUUCAUCUUCAAAUUGAAAGUUAAUUUUACCAAAAUAUCUCAUCUUAUAUUUUAUUGAAAUUCUGUGAGCAAAACCCAGUUAAAAAAAGUUAAAAUUUUAAAUUUUGCUAAGAGUCACAAAAAUAAAUGUUUAAUUUAUCUUUCGAGAUGAUACAAAUUACUCCAUAAAAAAGUAUCUAAAUUACACCAUUUUAUGAAAUCAAUUAUGUUCAUUCAAAAUAAAAUUAGCUUUUUGUUUUUUACAAGGAGAUAUCACAUUUUUAUGUGUUUUCAUUAAAAAAAAACCUCUGUUUCACAAAAAUUGUUCUGUUGAAUCAACUUUCACACUCGUUGUCUCUUGACCCUGAAUCAAUUUCUCAAAACAGAAAAUAACUUAUCAAAACAACCCACUACGCAACAUAAAUGCUGAAAACAUUACGAUUAAGUUCAAAAAUCCUCUCUUUGCAAUCCCCAAAUUCUACAUUACAUCUAAAUAUCAGAAUGCAAUAAUGAAAAGAUCAAAUUCUUGGAAAAACGACUAUCACUCACUUGUAGUUUAAAACAGUUGCAUCAUAUUAAAUAUCUAGAGAUGAUUCUAUUUUCCCAACGACUAAAGCUAGUUGAGUUUGUUUAAAAUCUAAAAUUAUAGUAAAAACUAUAUUUACAGCAUCUACAUCAAACAAGAAAAGUAACGACAGAAAGUGACAGCUAGAGAAACGGAUCCAAAUAUUUACUCUAGUCUGAAAAAAAGUCCUCGUCUUCCUUCCAGCAGCAAAAAUGUAUUCAAUAAUCCAGAUCAAUCAUUGGAAAAUUGAAAUUUGACCAUAAAAUUGGGUUAUCAAAUUGAAUAAACUGUUGGAGGGUAGAACAACAAUUUCUGGUUUUAAUUUAAAUGCAACUCAAGAGUUUAUUUUCCAUUCCUACAACAAAACUGAAGAUAAAAAAAACAGCAAAAUCGUAGCGACCGAAACACACAGAGAAAUGCUAGUGACAGCUCCUAGCAUAGCGAAAACAAUACAAUAAAUAGUUCGUAGAGAGUUUUUUCCUCUUCCUGUUCCUUCUUUCUGAAGCAAAAAUAAAUGUGUGACAACACACAAAAACCAAAUGACAGCUAAUUGCAGUUUACAGGAAAACAAAACAAAACAAAAAAACUAGAACCAAAUCCAAACAGUGAAAACAUAGAAACUUUAAACAAAGCAAAAAAAAGAAGACAAGAAAAUUAUUCACACUCACAUACUAUUUUAGAGUAGUCUUGUUGGCCGAGGAGACCCGUGUGUAACGACUAAGUAUUAGGCAUAUUUUUGUAACAUCGAUUCGCCAAUUUUUAUAAAUUUAAUAUACGUUUGAAGUAAAACAAAAUUUAUCGAAAAGAAACAAAAAAUGCUGAAGCAAAAUGCGCGCCCCCUCUUAAUAAAGAUUGUUGUGCUGUAGAAGUGAACAAAGAAAAAUGCUGUUAAAUCAACUGAUUAAGAGCGAGUCCACGAGCAAAGCAUACCCAUCUCGCAUCGACCUCACCAAUCUGCCUGAAAUUUUCAGGGGUUGUUUGUACAUAUAAAACUAGCAUCUGGCCAAAAUAUGAACAAUCAAGGUCAACGGGAAGUGGGGCAAAUUGGGACACAAAGUUCGAAGGUUCAAAAACGUCAAAAAUCUUAAAAAGGCUAUAACUUAAGCAAAAUUCAAUAUAAUUUCAAAAUUCAAAAUGCAUCUGAAAGGGCUCAAAAAAUGCAACAAAAUGCAGGGUAGAGCGUCCCAAUUGGUUAAAUCUAAAGGGAGUUAUUGGCAUUUUAGUGAAAAAAUAGCAUAAUUUUCAAACUCAAAUAAAAAAGUGUUCCAUCCAGAUAUCAACUCGGUUCGACCUGCAGCUUGUAGGGGACAUCUGGGACUACCAUCUGAGACUGAGAACGCUUUGGGUAAGGCAGUUUAACAUAUUAAACAGACACUUUUACUUUUAGUAAUUUUUUUGGUUGUAAAUUUUUGCUCGGGGGACCCCUUAGAUCCCAUUUUCUAAUGAUAAUUUUAUCAUAUUCGUGUUCCUGAGACAAUUUCACAAUAGAAACAUGCAUAAAAAUGUUUAUUUUGAACCAUUUAAACCCUUUAAAAAAUGAAAGUAAAAAAAAAAUAUGAAGUUGCUUUUUUCUGGUGUCAUCUAGUAUCCUUGGAAACGAGCUUGAUUUUCAAUAAAUGUGAACCGAAGAUUUUUUUUAACUUUUAUUUUUUAAAGGGUUAAAAUGGUUCAAAAUAAACAUUUUUAUGCAUGUUUCUAUUGUGAAAUUGUCUCAGGAACACGAAUAUGAUAAAAUUAUCAUUAGAAAAUGGGAUCUAAGGGGUCCCCCGAGCAAAAAUUUACAACCAAAAAAAUUACUAAAAGUAAAAGUGUCUAUUUAAUAUGUAAAACUGCCUUACCCAAAGCGUUCUCAGUCUCAGAUGGUAGUCCCAGAUGUCCCCUACAAGCUGCAGGUCGAACCGAGUUGAUAUCUGGAUGGAACACUUUUUUAUUUGAGUUUGAAAAUUAUGCUAUUUUUUACUAAAAUGCCAAUAACUCCCUUUAGAUUUGACCAAUCGGGAUGCUCUACCCUGCAUUUUGUUGCAUUUUUUGAGCCCUUUUGGAUGCAUUUUGAAUUUUUAAAUUUAAUUGAAUUUUGCCUAAGUUAUAGCCUUUUUAAGAUUUUUGACGUUUUUAAACCUUUAAACUUUGUGUCCCGAUUUGCCCCACUUCCCGUUGACCUAGAGUGCUCAUAUUUUGGCCAGAUGCUAGUUUUAUAUGAACAAACAACCCCUGAAAAUUUCAGGCAGAUUGGUGAGGUCCAAACGACGUCCCAUACAAAGGGGUAUGCCCUGUUCGUGGACUCGCUCUUAAAUCAUUUGGACAUAAUCGCGAAAAGGCAAAACCUGUACUCAAAAAAUGAUAUGAUAAAAAAUGAUAAGAUUUUUCUUUCCGUUUUUUUCUAAACCCUAAAUCACUUCUGUACAUUGGAAAAGGAAAUUUUGUCGAUGUGCGUAUUUUUGUUGGAAACCCAGAGUGAAAAAAAAAAAGUUAUUACAAGUAGUAGAACUCGUUUGUUACAUUUAUACGGGGAAGCUCAAAGUUCCCAAAGCAAGCAAAAAAUCACGUGCUAAACGACGUAAAAAGAAGAGCAAAAAAACAAUGUAAAAAGUAAUAAAAGACGGUGUAAGAAAUUAUUUAAACGAAAUAAUGAGAAAAAAUGCAGAGCAAAAAAAAAACUAGAUAGACAUAUCAUAAUAACUUGAAAGGUAAAAACUUUAACAAAAAUACUAAAGAAAAAUGCUGCAUGACUUAUAACUUCUAAAAUAUUUA